AUCUUUCCAACCACUCGAUAGAAUCUUGAGAUAAAGAAUCGAGAAAGACGUGAGUCAAUUAGGGCUUCAAGAGGAUGCAAAGUCCGACAAAAUAAUCUUCUGCUCUCGGGUCAAAUCGGCGGGUUUAUCGUAUUUUGCGUUUUCAACCUUCAAUGUUAGUCGACGGCCAGCAGAGAGCACAACUGUGAGAGCGAGCGAGCCAAUGAGAGUCUGGACCCUCACCCCAGCUUCUUAAACGUCCAACAAAGUCCUCGCUAUCGGCGCCUAUUUACGCCGUAUAGAGUCGUCCCGGGGUUAGAUAUAAACGGUUCCAAGCAGCAACAUACUUUCCAUACCCCUUUCCAAACACACCACCCAAAAGGCCAGGCCACCACCCAACAACCAUGGACCUCCCAACCCAACUCCUCACCUCCCUCCAAGCCCAAGACCUCCCCCUCCCCUCCCCAACCUGGCUCGCCUCCCUAAUCGCAGCCCGCAACCCCCCUCCCCCACUCGCCUCCCUCGUCGCCACCGCCCGCGCCCGCCUCCUAGCCUCAGACCUGACGACCCCAGGCCUCCUGGACGCCUCCUACGCCACCUCGCACAGCCUCCCGCCCGCCGCCACCGCCGCGGCGGUCGCAGUCGUCCUACCCCGCGCCGUGGUCGUCCAGGUUCUCGACCUCGAGGACGUCUCCCGCAGCCGCUGGGAGCAGGUCGAGGAGCUCGAGGCCAUCGAGCGCGGCGAGGGCACCCGGGGGCGGCGGGUCGUGCGGCUGCCUGUUGGGGGUGACGGCGAGGGCGAGCAGGGGGAGGGGGAGGAGGGAAACGACCGGCAGGGGCAGGGGCGGGGCCCGGGUUCCGGGCCUGUGGCGGCGGAGCCCGGCGCUGGUGGUGCGAGGAAUGCGACGCACAAGCUUGUCUUGCAGGAUGCUAGGGGCCAGAAGGUGUUUGCGCUGGAGCUCAAGCGGGUCGGGAGGAUCGGCGUGGGCACGACGAAUAUCGGGGAGAAGAUACUUCUCAAGAGAGGGGCUACUCUUGCUCGGGGGGUCGUCAUGCUGGAACCGUCGACCUGUACCGUUUUGGGCGGCAAGGUGGAUGCAUGGCAGAAGCCCUGGCUCGAAGGUCGUCUUGCUCGGUUAAGGGAGGCGGCCCUGGCCAAUGGGCCGGAGUGAAGCCUGGUAGACGGAUGAUGGACUUGGGACAGCAUUGAUACCCCUUGAUUUGUUUUACGUUUUCAUUUUCUCCGGCUCCUC